AAAAGUUAUAAAUAAAGCGAUUAUUAAAACAAUAAUUGAAUUGAUUUUUAAUGAUUUAAUGAUUGAAUUGAUUGUCAUUUAAAUCAAUGAAUUAAAAGCGAUGUUUAAAUCAGUGGUGAUGUCGUCGGGUGUGAGACAAGUGAUGAUUAGAUCCGGUAAUGUCUACCAAUCGGUGGUCAGACGGCAAUUGGCGAGCUCUUCAUCGGAUGGGAACAAAUCGGGUGACGAUUCCCUCACUAAUGAGUUAUUGUCUGAUCUGAAGAGACCAUCGGAUGAAAGUGUGGCCAACAAAGAGACGAAUCGGUUAUCGUUUGCGAAAGCGUUUGAAAAGUUUGUCACAAUUUCUAAAGAGAGACAAAACGGUGGGAAAGACAGCGCUUCCGACGAGCCAUCGGUUCCCUUCCCGACACUUCUUCGUCACUCGACUUUCAUCCAAAUGGGAGAUCCGGAGGGAAAGGUUGUCAUCGGACGCAUCGACGAUGUGGUGGACGAAGACCUGUACGUCGACUUCGGCUUCAAAUUCAACGGCGUCUGCAAAAGACCCAAAUCUAACCAAAGCCAAUACGUGAGGGGAGCGAAAGUGAAGGUCCGGAUCAAUGACUUGGAACUGUCCGAUCGAUUCUUGGGCUCAUCCAUAGACAUGACUCUAUUGGAGGCCGACAUCACUCUAAUGGGGAUCGUUUGGUCGCCCGCGAGAAGCACUGCCACCGACCAGAGGGUUGACCAAAAUGUCGACAUUUAGUUCAUACCAUAGACUCGUUGUUUUCAAUUGUAGACCAAAUCAUAGUUUUAUACAUAAAAUUAAUUAAUGUAAACAUUCGUGAGUCACGAAUAUAUUAUGAAUUAGGCGUUAGUUUUGAAUUAUAUCAAUAAAAUUAAUUCAUUGUUUUUUAAA